GUCACAUCUGAAUCUUAAGUUUGAGGUGACCGCUUAGUCUAAAAUGAAGAGUUAUGCGGUUUACGGCGCUUCAGGAGAAAAAAGUCUGUGAGCGUGCACUGCGCUGCGCUGCCACCAUGGCUAGUCGCGUUCAAAGUUUCAAGAUAGAUUCAGCAUGAAAAUACGCUGCAGUCAAAGUUAAAGAAGGUCGCGGCAUGCACAGCGUACCGAGCAGUGCGCCGAGUGGGGAAGAGGGUUUACAUUGAUCAGUAGAACGUGCAUUAGCGGGCUCUACUCUUAGAACCACGUGCGGCCCAAGCCUAAACCCCCAAAAUGCUCUUGCAAAGCAUCUCUCCAACGCGCGCCAACUGGCCUGCCGUGGCCCAAAGGCAAUCUCGCUGUGCCCACAUCCCAAAGCAACGGCCCAGUAGUAACAAACGCGGUGCUAGCACAAUGGCCCACGCGCUCACCGACGUGACGAUGCUCACCGAUGUGUCACUUCCGAGCACAAACCAGGUGAGCCAGUUGGCUUAUGAGUUGGACGCCCGCAAUGGGCUCCAGCGGAUUAAGUACGAGGCCACAGGCUGGUACUACUGGGACUGGGAGGUCAACGGCCAGAAGCGCAAGGUGCACUACAUCAAGGCAGGCCGGACGGGUGACCCUGUGGUUGUGCUGGUGCACGGCUACGGCGCAUCGUCCUACCACUGGCGGUACAACGUGCCCGCGCUGGCGGAGGCAGGAUACCAGGUGUACGCAGUGGACCUGUUGGGGUUCGGCUACAGCGAAAAGGCGCGGGAGGACUACACCAACGGCGAGCUUUGGUCCAGCCAGGUGGCUGCGUUCAUCCGGGAGGUGGUGUCGCCGGCGGCGGGCGGGGCGCCCGUGGUGCUGGCCGGCAACAGCCUGGGCGGCUAUGUGUCGCUGGCUACCGCCGCCACCGAGGGCCCCGAGCUGGUGCGAGCGGUGGCCCUGCUCAACGGCGCCGGCCCCUUCAAGGAGAGCGAGGAGAAGGCGGCGGCGGAGGCGGCGGAGUGGGAGGAUGGCAACUGGUUCGCGGCGGCUAAGCGCAGCGUCGCAAACGCCGUCAAGCGUGGCGUCAUGUACUUUGCCUUCCUGCGCACCAAGACGCCUGAGCGCAUUCGCGAGGUACUCCAGAUGGUGUACGUGGACCACUCCUCUGUGGACGACGAUUUGGUCACCAGCAUCGAGAACCCCGCCAAGGACCCGGCCGCCAGCGAGGUGUUCUUCCUGGUGUCGCACUCCACCCGCGGCCCGCCCCGCUACGUGGACGGACUGCUUCAGCGGCUGCAGGUACCGCUGUUGCUGCUGUGGGGCGACAAGGACCCGUGGAUCACGCCCGCGCGGGCCCAAAAGAUCAUCAACCUGUACCCCUCCGCCGUCAAGGUGGGCCUCAACAGCGGCCACUGCCCGCACGACGACACGCCGGCAGAGGCCAACGCGGCGCUGCUCAACUGGCUGUCAGGCCUGCCGCCUGUGGGCGGGGCGAGCGCCACCGCCGCCAGGGGCACUGCGGGAGCGCGCAGCGCGUAGAGUAGCUCAGGCACCGAAUCCCCGACCGCAUGCACCUUUCAUGUUCGCGUAUGGAGGCGCAGCAGCAAUGGCUGCACGCCUGGGCCGCGUGUGUGGUGGCUCAGUUGUUGAAUGUAUGGCCGCGUGACCGUUGCUGGUUGAAGGUUGUUGGAAGAGAUGGGUCGGUCGUAUCGUAGGUGCAAGAACUUUUGGAUUGUUGUGCAACGUUCAAAAGUAACACAUGGCACGAGAGUUUGAUAGCGAGAAUACUCGAAGCUACAGUCGUUUUGUGAUGUUGGUUUACCGCAGGCAGGGGAUCUCUGUGCGAGAGGGGGGCUCUGGGCAUCCCCGAAGAACUGGAAGAACCACAGCGCUGGGUGAGGGUCGUUUACUGGACGGUUUACUGGAUACGGGUGUGUGGCAAGUCAGGGAAGAUGGCAAGCGCCGCUGUGUGGCAGUAUGGCACGGAGGGACCGUGCGGAGACACAUACUCCGAGGUCUUUCACCGAUUGCUCUGUUGCUGCUUUGCUUGUUGAAUGUAACGCAUUACUUGA